UUCUGAAGGAGUGAUUCCGCUUUUAGCUUUGGGUUCCAACAUUAGUCAUCGCCGAGGCAAGACUCGGCCUACACUUGGCUCCAGCGGGUCAUUUGGUAAUUCACAAUUACGUGCUAUUGGUGGUGAGUUGAAUUCGUACCACUUGGAGCCAUUAGUCAUAGUACCAGGGGCCGACGUCCUUCGAUCGUCGCAUCCGAGCCGGGGAGAUAACAUCGCCUACAAGCGCUACACUCCUGAGGCAGUCCGUCAUCAGAACCAAUCUCACUUUAUUCGUAGUGGCAAAGAAGAGGCCAAUACCACUGCGUCCGGAGUGUAAUAAAUGCAUGCUUGUUUAUACCGCCUCCCCUGAGAAAUUCGUUUGACGAGUGACAAGCAGUCUGGAAAUCACUUGAAAAUCCCAAAUGACCUAUUUUCAUCGAGUGCCAUAAUGGCGGCCCCAAUUUACAUUGUACAGUGAUCGAGUAUUUAAACUAUUCUCACUGAGAACUCCCGUCUGCGGGUAAUCAAUAGAGACCUAGAUAUCCCGGCCGUGCAAACAAAUACCCGACAGCCAUUGCAUCACAUGUAUAUAGAUGGACACGGAGUGCUCGAAAUUUAGCAGAGUCAUAGUGUGAUAUUCGGCAGCAAGAGGUCUCAUCGGGCGAAUAUAUACUGUAUAUUGCUUGUGGAGCGGUUGGAGAAGGCUUUUCUUCUAAUCUACUACGUGUACAUUUAUGUUCAGUGCAUGGAGAGUUAGCAAGAUGCGUACCAACCAGCUCUCCUCCGUGGUCGCGUUGACAAUCAUCUUCACUAGCCUCCUUGCUACAGCCUAUGGCGGGAAGAUCCUCCUCAUGUGUAUGCAGCGGAGUGGUCAUCUCAGUGAGUUCGCUGGCCUGGCUGAAGGCCUGUUGGCGCGGGGACACAAGGUCUACAUGGUCCUUGACGAGCACCUGAAGGAACCGUCGGUCUUCAAGGGACUCGACGUGACCUUCAUGCGGUACAAAUCCAUGAAACCUGAGAUGAUGGACACGAAGAAGUUUGAUGAAACGCAAUCUAAGCUGACCCUAGAAGAUUCUGAAAGUGCUGUCUUUGCACUGAACAAAGUCCAUGUGACCUACGACUGUUUGAGCACCGUUGAAGACAAGGAGUUGUUCAAGAGGAUGCAGCAGGAGAAAUUCGACUUCGCUGUCGUGGAUGGGAUGUAUUUUUGCUACCAUAUUAUUCCGCAUAAUCUUGGUAUUCCGUACGGACAACUGUCUACGCCGUUGUAUUCGUGGCUAGUGCGCAUCCAUCCCUUGUCCGGCGGGUACACCGCUUGCGCGCUCAGAGGCAAGAAGAACACAUUCUUCAGCCGGCUGCAAUUCUUCGUUGUGAGCAUGAUCUUUGAAAACAUGUUGCCAAAUGCGUUUCUUGACGAAAGUAAGAUGCUGCCCCACGCCAACCCUCCCGUUUCAUCCUUGCGGCAACUUGCUAAGAAUUCAUCGCUCUACAUCAUCAAUCUGAACAACGUAAUAGACUGCGCCAGACCGAGUAUGCCCAAUUUGAUCUACGUCGGUGGCAUCGCUGCAAAACCUCCUAAACCUCUCCCCGCCGAUAUCAGGGAGUUCGUCGACUCUGCGAAAGAAGGGUUCAUUAUCUGCACUUUCGGUUCCAUGAUGGCUAAGGCACCGCGACAUAUCCAAGAGAAACUUCUCAAGGUAUUUAGCAUGGUGAAGCAGAAGGUCCUUUGGAGGCAGGAGGGGAUCCCUGCCGAUCUCAAAAUUCCUGAUAAUGUCAGACCCAUGUCCUGGCUGCCACAAAAUGAUCUCUUGGCGCACCCGAAUGUUAAGGUAUUCAUCACCCAUAACGGUAAUAACGGCCAAGCAGAAGCGGUCUAUCAUGGCGUCCCGAUGUUAGGAGUGCCGCUCGCCGGUGACCAAUUCGGAAACACUGACAGGUCCGUAGACUUAGGCUACGGGUUGAAAGCGAAUAUUAAGACAGAUAGCCCAGAGGAAAUCGCUUCCCUGGUCAAAGAACUCAUCGACAAUCCCAAGUAUGAAACGGCGGUCAACAAGGCAUCCUUGAUUUUGAAAUCUGUGCCUCCUGCCAAGGACACUGCUGCAUACUGGGUAGAACACGUGAUGAAAUAUGGCGGAUCUCAUCUGAGAACUACUCUCGCUGACAUGAGUGAUAUCCAGUUCAUUAUGUUUGAUAUCUAUGCAUUCCUAACCAUCCUUCUCUUUGUGUCAUUGUUCCUCUUGAAGAAGAUCGUUUGUUAUAUUUACCGAAAGUUUGCAGGUGACGAAGCGAAAUUCAAGAAGAAGAAAACAAACUGAAUUCUUAACUAGCCUUUAUGAGUUGUAAGGUAUACUGGUAGAUUUUUAAACUAAAGUGUAAAUAAUUGCAGAAAAAAAGAUACUAGGAUAGAACGGGACGACACAAAUUGGCCAUUUAUACCAACUUGAAGUCCUUUCAGUUAGAAAUCCUUUUGUCUGAUAGUUCUGUCCAUCGUCAUCCCAACCACGGACUUAAAUUAACUUUUAUUAAUUUAACUAAAUAUUUAGAUCCGUGUCACAAUCUAACAUAACUGUCAAAAUAUCAGCUGAGUACCAGGUCCUCGGGCCACUUGUUAAAAGCUAUGGCCAAAUUUAUAGAGGGCGUUUAGCUCAAACAGCGUUUAACUACUGAAUAGACAGAUUCAGGUUCGUAACUUAAAUCUUCACAGAAUAUGAAUAGGCCCUGAAACUGAUUAGAGAGAAGUUACCCACGUCUAACCCUUAAACGCCCUUUAUGAAUUUGGCCCUAUAAUUUUAAUUGAAAGUCGUUUACAUUAGUGUAUUUCUUUAGAAUCAUAAUGUUAGGGUGCCUGAU